GCCAACAUGCUGUUUUCGUACCACGGCAUUUAUUCAUUCUAAAAAAGAGUUUUACGAGGAUUUAGUUUUGUUUGCUUUAAGAUACUUGCUGUACUGCUUCUGCUUCACAUAUAGAUACCAUCCCUUCGAAGUUCGACGAGCAAGAAGCUCACCACCGCCACGAUGUCGCGCCAUAAGAUAGUCAAGAACAUGGAUCUCGACGACGAGAUGGACGAUUACGACGGCGGGGAAGACUACGCCGACGACGGAGCUGAAGAGCUCAGCGAAGAAGACAAAGAGUCUAUGAGAGUAGGCACGAUAUCGGUACGCGAAGCUCUUGGCGACGACGUACCGGGGAUCACAGAUAAGGAUAUACAGGAGGCGCUGUGGCAUUACUUUUACGACGUUGAGAAGAGCGUGAAUUACCUCCUGCAGUCGAGGACGGCGAAGAAGGAGACGGGAAAGAAGAAGGCGAAAGGGCCCAGCCCCGAUGACCAGGUGCUAGCAGCACAGUCGAAAGCUGCGAAGAAGGAUAAGCCGCCUACUAAGACGAGCAAUGAGAAGAAGGCGGAUCAGAUUGCGAGGGGGGUGGAGGCGAUGAGGAUGGAUGAUACGCCGAGGGCGACGAGUAAGAAUCUGGAUGUGUUGGCGGAGUUUGAGAAGAAGAAGGCAAAGAAUGCGGCAAUUUUUGUGGUUAUUGGUCAUGUUGAUGCUGGUAAGAGCACGUUGAUGGGACGACUACUGUUGGAUUUGAAUGUCAUAGACCAGCGGACUAUUGACAAGUAUCGCAAGGAAGCGGAGAAACUUGGAAAGUCCUCGUUUGCAUUGGCUUGGGUGUUGGACCAAGGCACGGAGGAGCGCAAUAGGGGUGUGACGAUCGACAUUGCAACGAACAAGUUCGAGACGGACAAAACUGCCUUUACCAUUCUCGAUGCGCCUGGUCAUAGGGAUUUUAUUCCUAAUAUGAUUGCGGGGGCUAGCCAGGCAGACUUCGCGGUCUUGGUUAUUGAUGCUAGUACGGGCUCUUUUGAGUCGGGAUUGAAGGGCCAAACAAAGGAGCAUGCACUACUGGCUCGCAGCAUGGGUGUUCAAAGGCUCAUCAUUGCAAUCAACAAGCUCGACACUGUCAACUGGUCUCAAGACCGCUUCGACGAGAUCUCCCAGCAGGUCUCGGCAUUCUUGACCGCCGCAGGCUUUCAGGCCAAGAACGUCACCUUCAUCCCGGUCUCGGGUCUACAUGGGGACAAUAUCGCACGAAAGUGUACAGAGGAAGCGGCAUCUUGGUAUACAGGAUCAACUCUGGUGGAGGAGCUGGACAACUCGGAGCCGGCAAUACGCGCUCUGAACAAGCCGCUACGAUUCACCAUCGGCGACAUCUUCCGCGGCGGCGUCCAGAAUCCCCUCAGCGUCUCCGGACGCAUUGAAGCCGGCUCGCUCCAAACCGGCGAUGCCCUGCUGACUCAACCCAGUGGUGAGAAAUGCUACGUAAAGGGAUUGGAAGUCGACAACGAGACAGCGGACUGGUCCGUGGCGGGGCAGAACGUCACAAUUCACUUGACAGGCAUCGAUCCCAUCCACCUCAAGAUCGGGGACGUACUAUGCAGCCCCUCCAGCCCAAUUCAAUGCAUCAAGACCUUCGUAGUCAAGGUCCUCGCCUUCGAGUUCCUGAUGCCCUCAGGCAUUGACGUACACCGCGGCCGUCUGCACGCCGCUGGGCGCGUGACGGAACUACUGGCUACGUUAGAUAAGAGUAGUGGGAAGGUGACGAAGAAGAAGCCGCGGAUUGUGCGGCCGGCGAAUAUUGCGAGGGUGAGCGUGGAGCUCGAGACGGCGGUGCCGCUGGAGAAGGGACAGAGGGUUGUGUUGCGGAGUGGGGGGGAGACUAUUGCGGCGGGGUUGAUAGAAUGAACAGCGUG